CUCCCCUCCCCGCCCCGGCGGCUCGCGCCACUCGCCGCCUGCUUCGAAAUCGGAGCACCGAUCGAGCCGCGCUCGCGGAUCCUCCGCUGGGCCGGGCUCGGCGGCGUCGGCGAUCCUCCGCCGCGCCGCUUCUCCCCAUGGAUUUCGUCUGCCCCGGCGAUCCCGCGGUAUGGGAUGGGAGGCGUUUCGGGCCGUGCUUCGCGGAUUUGGUGCUGGGGUUAGCUGGGAAUGCGAUCGCCGCGGUUGCUGUCAUCUGCCUCUUCCUCGCCAAGAGGAACGCACCGAGAGCUCAGCGGAACGUCAGGAGAGGUUUAUCGGAGAAGUUGUUUGUAUUCGGUGUGCCUGGUUUUGCAGUCUGCCACUCUUUGGUUGGACUAACUAUGCUAGUUAAGAAGAAAUUUGAAGGGAAGGAUGUUGAAGACCAUGAACUAUUUUUCAUGUGCUCACAAUUUAUUGCAUGGAUGUCUGUAAGUAUUGUCUGUGUCACUGGGGCUUGGUUUGAAAUCCUCUACAACCCAAUCAUGUGCUUUUGCUGGAUCUUGAAGAUUCUUCUAGAGAUACCUCAUUUGCAAUACAAGCUUACAGUUCUAAAGACAAUGGCAUCUUUUAUGGAGAUCAUCUCAUUUUGUACUGCGACCACAUUUGGACUCUUUGUUGUUGUGGCUGCUGUAGUGGGUCAGCUAGGAAACAAGAGGAAAAUGAACUCUAUUGAAGCCCCUCUCAUUCUAAAUGACGAAAAAGCUGAGUCUGAAAUUACAAACAUGGUAAAAAAGGGCCAUACUUUGUGGGAACUGUUGACUUUCAAGUUUGUUAAUCCCAUGAUGGACAUUGGUGUCACGAGACAACUUGACUUCACAGAUCUACUUGAGUUACCCCCUGAGCUUAGAGCUACCUCCUGUUAUGACAGACUUCUGUCUUCCUGGACUGUUGAAUAUCAAAACCACCAUGACAACUCAUCUCUCCUUAGAGCCAUGUUUUGUUCUUAUGGAUGGACAUACUUGCGUUUGGGGCUCCUUAAGGUGUUAAAUGACAGCAUCAAUUUCGUUAGCCCUCUGCUACUCAACAAGUUUAUAAGAUUUCUUCAGCAAGGUUCUGGUGGCAUGGAUGGAUACAUUCUUGCCAUUUCCCUAGGAUUGACUUCUAUUAUCAAAUCGUUUUUAGAUAGCCAGUACUCCUUUCGUCUAGCAAAGCUCAAGUUGAUGUUACGAUCAAGCAUCAUGGGGAUAGUUUAUCGGAAGUGCCUAUGUCUCAGUCUAGCUGAGCGUUCUAGGUUUUCUGAAGGUGAGAUUCAGACCUUCAUGUCUGUUGAUGCUGACCGCACAAUAAACCUAUGUAACAGCCUUCAUGAUGCUUGGAGCUUGCCACUGCAGAUUGGAGUUGCACUUUAUCUACUGUAUACACAAGUCAAUUAUGCUUUUCUAUCUGGGCUGGCAAUAACAAUCAUACUAAUACCAGUGAACAAAUGGAUUUCUACAAGGAUUGCUGGUGCAACAGAAAAAAUGAUGAAGCAAAAAGACAGGAGGAUAAGCUGUGCAGGGGAGCUCUUGGCACAUAUUAGAACAGUGAAAAUGUAUAGCUGGGAGAAACUAUUCACUGAGCGUUUGGUGGAAAGAAGAGAAUCAGAAGUGAAGCAUCUCGCGACUAGAAAAUAUCUGGAUGCUUGGUGCGUCUAUUUCUGGGCAACCACACCAACAUUGUUCUCCCUUUUCACCUUUUCCAUUUUCGCAAUAAUGGGACACACAUUGGAUGCCGCCACGGUAUUUACUUGUGUUGCACUCUUUAACACAUUAAUAUCACCAUUAAACUCAUUUCCAUGGGUUAUUAAUGGGCUGAUUGAUGUAAGUGGAUAAUUGGUUUAUGUUAUUAUACUGCUGGAUAGAUUUACAGCUGCGCUAACCUUACUUCUAUGCUUUGGUGUUGCAGCUGUUAUCUCUAGCAGACGGCUGAGUAAUUAUUUAUCUACUCCAGAGCAUCACUCAUCAGAGUUAACUGCCUCUGCUGACCUUUUAAAGCACCAGUUUAAGAGAUAUACCGAAGUAACUCACAAUCCAAUGGCUUUCGUUCUUCAGAAUGUAUGCUGUUGUUGGUCUAGCAGCUCUGUUGCUGAGCCGAACAUAAUUCUCAGAAAUAUAUCAUUGCAGCUACAGAAAGGGCUAUUUAUUGCAAUUGUAGGCGAGGUUGGUUCUGGUAAAUCAUCUUUGCUGAAUUCCGUCAUUGGAGAGACUCAUGUCAUCAGUGGUUCCGUUAGCUCAUGUGGUUCAAUUGCUUAUGUUCCACAGGUACCAUGGAUCCUAUCUGGCUCUGUACGAGAUAAUAUUUUGCUUGGGAAAGAAUUUGAUCCAAGAAGAUACGAAGAAGUAAUACAGGCAUGUGCACUGGAUGUUGACAUAUCAGCAAUGGCCAGAGGAGAUAUGUCAUAUAUUGGAGAGAAAGGUACCAACUUAUCUGGUGGACAGAGAGCUCGUCUAGCAUUGGCAAGGGCUUUGUAUCAGAAUUCUGAUGUAUACUUGUUUGAUGACAUCCUUAGCGCGGUUGACUCCCAAGUUGCUUCAUGGAUCCUGGAAAAGGCCAUUAUGGGGCCGCAGUUGAUGCAGAAAACAAGAUUACUAAGCACGCACAAUCUUCAGGCCAUUUCUGCUGCAGAUAUGAUUGUAGUCAUGGCAAAUGGUCUCGUUAAGUGGUUUGGGACACUGGAAUCUUUCUUGGCAACUCCAUAUUCAAGAAUCUCUAAGCCAGAUAGUUCAAGUCCUACCUCAUUUACAGUUUCUGUGAAAGACAAAACACCAAUGGUAUCAUGUGAACUGAAGACUGAUGUUAUACUUGAAGAUGAUUCAGUGGUUGCUUAUGAGGAACAAAAAGAUCAGGUUGAAGCAGAGGCAAGGAAAGAAGGCAUGGUUGAGCUUAGCGUCUACAAAAAAUAUGCAACAUUCGCGGGGUGGUUAAUUGUUGUUUUAAUAUUCCUAAGUGCAAUCUUAAUGCAAGCAUCCCGUAAUGGGAAUGAUCUUUGGUUAACUUACUGGGUUGAUACCAGCACAGGCACCAACAACACGAGUUUUUAUCUGAUUAUCCUUGCUGUGUUUGGCAUAAUAAAUUCUCUUUUCACGUUGGGAAGGGCGUUUUCUUUUGCAUUUGGUGGCCUCCGUGCAGCAAUCCAUAUCCAUGCAUCUCUUCUUGAAAAUAUUAUCAGUGCACCGGUUUGUUUCUUUGACCAAAAUCCCAGUGGUCGGAUUCUAAACAGAUUAUCAUCAGACCUCUACACCGUUGAUGAUUCUCUUCCAUUCAUCCUCAAUAUAUUUGUGGCUAACUUCUUUAGCUUACUCGGCACUCUGGUUGUUUUGUCUUAUUCACAGGUUUCCUUCUUACUCAUCUUACUUCCACUCUGGCUUAUCUAUAGGAAGCUGCAGUACUAUUACAGGUCUACAUCACGUGAAGUACGGCGACUUGAUAGUGUUGCUCGUUCACCAAUUUAUACAUCUUUUACAGAGACGCUUGAUGGUUCAUCAACAAUAAGAGCUUUCCAGAAAGAAGGGUUCUUCUUAGAAAGGUUCAUCCAGCAUGUGACACUAUAUCAGAAAACAUCCUACUGUGAGCUGAUUGCUAGUUUGUGGCUCUCACUGAGACUCCAGUUGUUGGCAGGUUUUAUCAUUCUGUUCAUCGCAAUGAUGGCCACUGUCACCUUCCAUAGCAGUUCCCUUGUUAACCUUGGAACACCUGGACUGGUGGGCCUGGCUCUAUCAUAUGCAGCACCUGUAGUAUCACUGCUGAAUGGCUUCUUAACCACAUUUACGGAGACAGAAAAGGAAAUGAUCUCUGUUGAGAGGGUUGCUGAGUAUGUUGGCAUACCUCAAGAAGAACUCCAGGGAUCUGAAUCUCCAUCCAGAAGCUGGCCGACAGAAGGGAGGAUCGACUUUGUACAUGUAACUCUGAGGUACAAGCCAGAGUUACCACCAGCUUUGGAUGAUGUUUCAUUCCAUAUUGCAUCCGGCAUGCAGGUUGGAAUAAUAGGAAGGACUGGAGCAGGCAAAUCAAGUGUAUUGAAUGCACUAUUUCGCUUAGUUCCAAUCUGCAACGGCUGCAUCUUAGUAGACGGCAUUGAUGUGGCUAAAGUUGCUGUUCGAGAACUUCGUGCACAUUUUGCAGUAGUUCCACAGAGCCCAUUUUUGUUUGAUGGGUCCUUGAGGGAAAACCUGGAUCCAUUCAAUACAGCAACAGAUCUCAGGGUAUGGGAAGUUCUUGAAAAAUGCCAUAUGAAGGGAGAGAUAGAAUCAAUAGGUGGACUUGACAUCCAUGUGAAAGAAAGUGGUGCAUCAUUUUCAGUAGGCCAGAGACAGCUCCUCUGCCUUGCCCGUGCUUUCCUAAAAUCAUCAAAGGUGCUUUGCCUUGAUGAAUGCACAGCCAAUGUUGACAACCAAACAGCCUUCCUGUUGCAAAAUACUAUCUCCGCUGAAUGCAAAGGGAUGACGGUUCUCACCAUAGCACAUCGAAUUUCAACAGUGAUGAAGAUGGACAAUAUUCUAGUUCUUGAUCAAGGCAAACUGGUUGAAGAAGGAAAUCCAGAAGUUCUUCUGAAUCACAAGUCCUCAAGAUUUGCUCGAUUUGCCAAGGCAUCUCAGAUGUGAUUCUGAGAACAUGCUAUGCUACUAUGUUAUAUGCUAGGCCUCUUAUGUGUUAACAUUUAGUUUGAUGCAAAGUGUGCCACCUCUGUUGAGCUUGUAAGAUCAGCUUCAAAACUUACACUACUAACAAACAGCUAACAGAAGCUCUGAACUUCUAGAUAUGCGAUGUACGGAACACAAGCCAAGAUUUUCUGAUCCUCUAGAUAUUCGAAUCUCAUGCUCUGUCACUAACAGAAGCUCUGAUCAGGGAAUGUGAAUCACUGAA